AAUGAUGCAAAGGUUGCUUUGCUGGGUGCGGCUGGGGGAAUUGGUCAGCCCCUGUCACUUCUGCUGAAGCAGUCACCUUUGGUUACACACUUAGCACUUUAUGAUAUAGCUCACACCCCUGGGGUUGCUGCAGAUGUCAGCCACAUAGACACUAGGGCCAAAGUCACAGGUCAUCUCGGAGCCGAUCAGCUGGCAGAGUGUGUGAAAGAUGCCCAUUUGGUUGUGAUACCUGCCGGAGUCCCAAGGAAGCCAGGUAUGACCAGAGACGAUCUUUUCAACACUAAUGCCAGUAUUGUGGCUAACUUAGUGGAUGUCUGUGCUCAGUACAGCCCAAGGGCCAUAAUUGCAAUCAUCACAAACCCUGUGAACUCUACUGUACCUAUUGCCUCCGAGGUGUUGAAAAGACGUGGUGUUUAUGAUGAGAAACGUGUAUUCGGUGUCACCACUCUCGAUGUUGUCAGAUCUAACACUUUCAUUGCUGCGGCAAAGGAUCUUGAUGUGACCAAGGUGGAAUGUCCAGUUAUCGGAGGCCACAGUGGUAUCACUAUUGUACCAGUUAUCUCUCAGUGUACACCUGCAGUUUCGUUCCCACAGGAGGAGAGAGUCAAAUUGACAGUCAGGAUUCAGAAUGCUGGUACAGAAGUUGUUGAAGCCAAAGCUGGAGCUGGAUCAGCAACAUUGUCAAUGGCUUAUGCAGCUGCUGAGUUUGCCAACGCUGUACUUGAUGCGCUGAACGGAACUGAGGGUAAAGUGAUGUGCGCUUUUGUGCGUUCAGAUGAGACAGAGGCUAAAUACUUUGCAACUCCCAUUUUGUUAGGGAAACAUGGCAUCGAGAAGAAUCUUGGAAUUGGAAAACUGCUGGACUAUGAGCGCAACCUGGUGACCGCUGCCAUGCCUGAGCUGAUUGCAAACAUCAAGAAGGGAGAGGAGUUUGUUGCGAAGCAGUUCAAUAAGUGA